ACCACUAACGCUGAUCGUUCUCUCUCUCUCGGUCUCACAUUGUGAAUCUAUCUAGCCUCUCAAUCUCGUUCUCUCUCUCUCUCUCUCAAUCUUGUGCUCUCUCUCCUUGAUCUUCUUCUCAGAUCAGCACCUCUGCCAUGUCGAUAUCCUUCAUCCUCUUCAGGUCUGAGCAAGAAUCGAAGUAGCCGUCCUCAACUUCCUCAAGAUCUUGAACUUUUUGACUCUGGCAAUCUCAUGUCUCUCUGGUUUGCAAUUUUGCUUCAAAUCUGUACUCUCAAAAUGUGUAUAUGUGUGUGUGUUAAGCAUUGAAUCACUGUUGAUUUUGAGUAGAUGAAUUUCGGGAUUUUUGAGUGUGUUACAAAUCUAUAGAAGAUGGAGUAAUAGCAGAGUGAGUUAGGGUUUGUGGAUUGAUGUUUCGUGAAUUUUUCUCUCAAUCGUUUUGCACGAGGUCUUUGAUGAGAGUUAACACUGCGCAAUCCUUCAUCAGAGGUAAUAAUAGGAUCAUCAUCAUCAUCUCUCUUUCUCAUUUGCCUUCUUAAUCUUAUCUUUUUUUAAAAUUUCACUCACUGAUGUAGAUACAGAUACAGAUACAACAAAGGCUUCCUUUGCUUCUCCAAAAAAUGUGAAUUUGUAAUUUUUUACUCUGUUUAAUUUGUAAUUUUCAUUUAAUUUUAUGUUCAUUUAGUUCAUUAAGGUCUAUAUUCUUCAAUUUAAUUUUGGCCAUUCCAUUUUUGUUUCUUUUCUUCAAUUUAGUAUAAAUUAGGCAUGUGUGUGUGUUUGGUUAUCAUGAAUUGUUUAUUGUUUCUGUUGAACUAGUGCUUUGCUUUGUGUUUUGGAUAUCUAACUAUGGUCUUUUAUUUGUGUUUUGAACAUAUUUAAGGUUCUAUUAUUUUUAGUGUGAUUUGAUUGGCAGAGGAGAAUGGGAUUUCUUACACCUGACCAGAUUGGGGAUCAUAAGAUGUUUAUCAUGCUCUUUUUCAUGUUGCCGAUUAUUUUUGGAUAUCUUUUAUUUUUUUUUUAUAUUAAUUAUAUAUGAGCAAAUGAUGUUUUAUAUCAUAUGUUUGUGGCAAUGCUAUGUUUGAACUUUCAUAUGCAGAAGGAAUAACUUUUGUCUUGUUUGAACACUUGAACAUGCUACCUAUGUAUAAUGACAUCCUGUUCUUCCUAAUGAGAUUUCAUUCCUGAUUCUUCAUUCUGCUCUUCUCUCUCUCUCAUUAUGAAUUCCCUCACCCUGGUUCUAUUUAUAUGCACUGAUCUGAAUUAGCAUCUGCAGUGCUUGCAGUCCAUUGGGUAUAUUGCACUGCAUCAUUUAGGUUAUGCCUAGAUGUGAGUUAAGAAAAAAGUAUUUCAAUGAUUAUUUUUCAGGUAUCUUUUAUAGGUUUUGUAGAUGGAUUAAUUGAUGUUUCUCAUAAACACUUCCCAUUUUCAGUCAAAAGUUGGACAAGGAUAUGGGUUCAUGCACACACACAAAACAAUCAGAGUGUGAUUUGUCGUCGUCCUCUCCUAUCUUGUAUUAUUUAUCAUUUUUUCUCUUUGGUGGUUUGGUGUGCUUGUGCACAUGCAUGUGUGUACACUUUUGGCAUCAAGGAUAUGAGUCUUGCUUGUGUACCAAGCAAUAGAAGCUUGAUUUGUUGUUCUUCUUUUGGGAUGUAUAUGUGCACCAUAGUAAACUGUCUCAGGCUUCAUUUAGGGAUGCCUAGAUCAGACGACCAUGUUUUCUCAAGCAGAACUUGAACAAAUAAAAGUUUGUCUUCCAUAUGCACUAAACACAAUUGUUUCUUGAAUCUCACCCUAUUGUCAAGUUCUGCCUGUGCCAAAUACUAUCUGUAUUAUAUCAUUGUUUGGAGGUUGGUCUGAAAUAUUACCAGAAAUUGUCCAAAAGUUUAGUAGUGUGAAUCAUGUAUAUCAUAUCUUUAGACUCAUGGAUUGGUUUUUAGACAUUGCAGAACUGGAUGCAUGCUAAAAUGAUAUUAUCAAUCUGACUUGUUAUUUGUUAAUUGGAGUCUUUUGUGUAAGAGCAGCAGCAAAAACAACUUGAACUCAUUCUGGCAAUUGGAAAGACUGGAAAGUUGCUAUCCUUCCUGUUGUCUAGAAGCAACACGAACUUCUUGGGACUUUGCUCCUAUGUCAUGCAUGCACUAUGGAGACCCGUUUCAUUGAGAUCUUAGAUAUGAUGCAUGGGAACUCAAGAAGCAAUAUGCACAUUCUUAAUAUAGCGACAAGGUUGAUAUUCAUGACAUCAAGAGUGGAAUUUUGAUGAUGUUUCACAAGGAGUGGGCAAGAUCAUGUAUGAGAUGUCAUGGUAGAAAACAAGAGUCACUAAAUGGAAGGCCAGGGUUUCUUGUUCAUGUUAUUGGCUGAGGCAUUGGUGAAGUUAAGUGCAUUUGGGGUUUUCCAGGUCAUAUUGAUGGCAUAAAUGCACAGGGGGUAGCAGGGUCACCAAGUGGAAAUUGACUUGGCACAUGUAGUCACCAACCAAAGUAAUUGAUUGCCAAAGGUCAUUUGGGCACUUGUAGUGGGAUGGUGGAAAGAGGUGGGGUUGAAAAGACUGUUUACAAGGUCCAAUUGUACAGUUUUUUUUUCCCCCAGGAUAAUUGGGUAUCCGGGUAAAAUCCCCAAUAAGAAAAGAGGAGGGGGAAAAAAAAGAAGGAAAGUUCUGCUGGAAAAGACAACAACAAUUCCUAUGAAGUGCAACACAAUAGCUGGAGUCUUUUUUGUACUCGGCUGUUGGGAGUCCAUACUAUUGCUGAAAUUUAUCUUGCAAUAUGAACUUAGGCAAAGGUAUAUAUAUUGACAUCUACAAGAUGAGGAAAUCCGCAGCGGUUGAGAAGAUUCUCAGCUACAACGAUGUUGUGCUCAGACGAUCAGAUCUAGACAUUCUCAGCGGUCCAUAUUUUCUAAACGAUCGCAUCAUUGAAUUUUAUUUCAGUUAUCUUCCUUCAUGUUAUCCUUCCGAGGAGAUUCUACUGGUUUCACCUUCAAUUGCUUUCUGGAUAGCAAACUGCCCAGACAUCGAAAGCCUCAAGGAUUUCGUAGAACCCCUUAAUCUCUUUAGUAAGAAACUGGUAAUUUUUCCUGUCAAUAACAACGAUGACGUGACAGAAGCCGAAGGUGGGAACCAUUGGAGCUUACUCGUGUUUGAGAGAAAUGCAAAUGUAUUCGUACAUCAUGAUAGCUACGGAGGACUUAAUGCUGGGCAUGCCAAACAGCUUUACAGAGCUAUUGUUGGAUAUAUGGGGAUCUCUGAUAUGGCAUCAGCCUGUAAAUAUGUUGAGUACUCUAAAACCCCACAGCAAGUGAAUGGCUAUGAUUGUGGUCUAUACAUUGCAGCUAUUGCAAAAGCUAUAUGCAGCUGGUAUGAAAGCAAAAGUGAACUGAAAGAUGAAGAUGGGUUGUGGUUUUCUACGAUGAAUGAGCAGGUUAAUCCAUCUGUUGUUGCCAAGAUGCGCAACGAGAUUUUGGGGCUAGUAAAAAGCUUAAUGGCCAUGAAGUGAAUCUUGAAUUGCAUUUGGUGUUAGUUCAAAGAUUCAGGAAUUGCCUGUCUUUGUUUUCUGCGACUGUUGGAAUAGAUUAUAGAAUUGCAUUUGGUGUUAGUUCAAAGAUUCAGGAAUUGCAAGUCUUUUUUUUUACUGUUGGAAUAGAUUAUAGAUUUUAACUUAAUAGAUUAUAGUUUAUAAUUGGAUUAUAAAUUUAAGUUUAAGAGAUUAGUGUUUGUUUUAUAAAAUGAUUUUUUUGUUGUGUAA